GAAGUGGUGAUCAAUCUGUUCCAGAUGAUGGUUCAGAGGGAACAACUCAUGGAAAAUUAGACUGGAGGACCGUCAGAGCAGGUUUUGUUGCUAGAAAGGAGGUGAAGAAAUAAAAAUAAAGAUUGAAAAAGGAAAGGAAGAGAGCAGAUUCAGUAGAAGAAUUGAAGAAAGUACCUAAUACCUAUUCAUCUAACGGAGAGCAAUCGCGAGAGGGAUAUCAGCUUGCAGUAUGAGAAAAAUGGAGAGCAAUCGACGAGAGGGAAAGUUCAGCGCCUUCAGGCGAUGGCCGCUGCAAACGGAGAAAGAAAAGAAGAUAAGUUAAGCUAGGGUUUUUUAGUUUUAUACCUAGGAGACACGUAUGGAUGGGAGGGACACGCGUCAUAACUUAAUAAUUGCGGGUUUACGGGUUGUACCCGUGGUUUCACGGGCCGGGACGGGUUAACCCGUUUACUCACAAGCUGACAUUUCUCCAACCCUAACCCGGCUUGUUUAGACACCAGCAGAGCCGGGUCCGGGUUUUUUAUGGGCCGGGCCAGGAAAACCCACGGGUUUUGGCUUGUUUGCCAGUUCUACUCCAUAUUUUUGAUAGUAGUCAGAAUUUCCUCAGAAGUAGGGAUAACCACAAGAGAAAGAUUGACAUCAUCAGUAAUAAUUGGCUGAACAUCUUUUGAAACUUCUUGAAUAUCAACAGAACUAGGAGAAGAAGAGUGAAAAACCUUUCUAAAGUGUGUUUCAAAAAGUGAAACAAUUUGUUCUCUAGACUCCAACCAGUUGCCUUGCUCAUCUUUAACCGUAUGAAUGGUGUUAUACAUGUUUCUUAGUUUAACAACGUUAUGGAAGAACUGGGUAUUUUUGUCAUAAUGAACAAAAUAGUUUAUCCUCGCUUUUUGCUUAUAGAAGGAGUUCUCAAUUUCAUACCAAUAGUCGAGCUGCUUGGAAUAAUUUAGGAUAUAAUUUCCUAUAGCAGGAGAGAAUGGCAUGGAUUGAAACUUUUCUAUCUCAGAGUUCAAUUUAUGAAUUUUACUUUUGAUAUGACCAAAAGAAUUGGCAUUCCACAGACUAAGAUCAUUUUUCACAUUUCUUAGUUUUCCAGCUACUACAAAACUCGGAGAACCCUUAACUCUCUUAGACCAAGAAUUUGACAGAACAUCUUUAAAGUCUGGACUUAACUACCAACAUUUGAAGAACUUGUACGAAAUAUAAAGUUUUUUCUCAAAAUGGAGACAAUUCAAUAAAACUGGACUAUGAUCGGAGAAAACCCUUCCUAGAUUAGUAAUUCUUGUUUGAGGAAGAACAGAUACCCACUUAUCGUUCAUAAAUCCUCUAUCCAGUUUUUAAAAAAUAAGAUCUCGCGGAUUCCUAAAUCUUCUAUUACACCAUGUAAAGGGAUUACCAAAAGAGAAUACUUCAUUAAGGUUCAGCAUAUUUAAUGAGGAUCUAAUAAAAUCUGGGAAUAAAGAGCUUUUAGUUACACCACCUUGUUUCUUUGACUCAUGCAGAAUGAAGUUAAAAUCUCCUAGCAGCAGCCAAGGUCUAUUUGCUUCCUCAUUAAUAUGAUUUAGAAGAUUCCAUUGAUUUCUCAUACCACAUAAAUUCAAAGACCCGUACACAAAAGAGAUGAGACAAUUUUUAAUUCUAGGAGUGAUGUCACAAACAACAUGUAUCAUGUUUAGGGAAGAACUAAUUACUUCAAUAUUAGACUUCUCAAAGUAACCUAAAGCAAGUCCCCCCGAUUUACCAACAUAAGGCACAACAUACCAAGUAUCAUAAGGUAAAUGAUGACUAUAUUUCUUAACUGAUUCAUAAUCAACCAUUGUUUCCAUCAAACAUAUUGCAUCAAAUUUGAAUUUCAUAUAGAGAUUUAGUAUGUGAAGCCACUUUUUAUCGGAACAACAACCGUUAAUAUUCCAACUUAAAAAACUUCAUAUUAACUUAAAAUAAAAGCACUUCAAAAAACUAAGAAGCAUACAAGCAGAUCACACAAAUGAGAACUAAAGGCAGAUAAAAUCACUAGAUGAAAAGUAAAUGAAAGAUACAGAAAGAGAAAAGCAAAAGACAGAACAAAAUACAUAAAGAUACACAAAUCACAGAGACUAGCAGAGAUAAAACGAAAAUAGAACUAGAGAGGCAAAAGAAGAGCAAAGCAGUAAGCAAUUAAAUGAUAGGGAAUGAAAAAUCAGGUAAAGAAUAAGGGACUUACAAGGUUAUGAGCUGAGGAGGUCUCCGCAUCCAUAGAAGCAGGGUCCAACAUCAUGAGAUCAAUUUCUUUGUCAAAUUCUUCAUCAGUAACUAUGGGUUCCGGAAGAAGCAUAGAUAACGGCAUGGGAUCGAGAAUUGAGACCUCCUUAAAAUCACUAAUCUGAUUAUUAGGUUUUACAAAGUCACAAUACAAAUUAGCACUCAUAAAAAGUUCAGAAGAAUAAUUCAUUUCAGUAGCUGUGCUGAAGGAAAAACCAGAUGAUGUGAACACAUCUUGAGAGAAAGAAGUACAUGAAGCAGACCAAAUAAAAUUUGUCGCAGCAGAACCAGUGCUAGAGGAUACUCCUAAACUACCAACAUUGAAAGAAGCAUCACUGGGAGGUGUAAAAGGUGGUAAAGAGCUAAUCAAAGGCCAUUGAGGUGGAAAUUUCGAAGAUGAUGAGGAUGAAAAAGAGCUAGAGCCUACAUAAGAAGCUUCAAAUGCAGUCCUAGGCCUUUUUCCUUUUCUAUCAUGUAUAAGACCAUCCUUGCCAAAAGAUAUAUUAUCAAAAGGAGAUACAUGAUUAAUAGGUGUAAUGGGUGCAGUAGGUAAGACAAGAUUAAUAGGUUCCUUGAUAGUUAAGGAAGAAACUGCAGGCAUUACAGAUGAAAUAGCAGGGAUAGAUAACGAAGAACCUCUAUUUCCGAGUGCACCAGCUGGCUGGAGACUAACUGAAAAAGCAGUAGGCAUAGAAGAACCAUGUGAAGUAGCUGCACCCGAGCGAACAUUUGAGAGGCCAGCUGCACGAGAGCUUUCUCCCUUAUUCUGAUCCUUCACUAUCUUUGAGACCGCAACAUGGGAUGCUCGAGGAGUGGGAGCAGGCAGAUCACGAACACAAAUCCUCGACUGGAUUUCCUUACACAAUAUCUCAUCAUGGUAAAGUACAAAACAUUUCUUGCAAGCAAGAAAUGGAAGCUUGGGAUAGAAAGCAGACAUGAUGUAGGUGCGCUUAUUUGUAUUGAUGACCAUUUUUUUAGUAAGAGGAGAGUUAAGAGGUACCAUAAGUUUCGCUUCAAAAUGAUUCCCAGCAGCAGAUUCCGCAGAAACGAAAGUGCCAAUCUCAUCCAAAACUUCUCUCGCCUUUCCUUUGUUGACCAAAUCCGAAGGAAUAGUAAUCAACACGGGCAUUAGAGCUUUUUCCCAGACAAGGUCAAAAAUAGACUCCAAAUCACCAAGUGGCUGGACUGCAAACAGUUUGCCAAACAUGAGAGUAGGCCUAGCAGCAUAAGCAAUAUCCUUGUCUCUGCUAUUCUUGAACAUAACCACAAAAAUAUUUUGAAUUCCCAUUCCCUGAACAUAUGCUUUGCAAUCUUAAAAUCAGAAGAUUUUAUAGUCCAAAUUUUAUUCAGGUUAUGCUUUACAGAAGUUUUGUGGUAGUUAUUGUACUUAUUACAGAUAAGAGCAGCAAACCUAAAAGGGAAUUCUUCAACAUCCUCAUCUAAAUCCAAGACCCUAACUUGUGCUUCAGGGAUUUCCAUGAGUGUGAAAACUAGAAUAAAGGAUUACAAAGUUUGAAAAAUUAAGCUAGAAAGGGGUGCAAGUAGAAUCAAGAUUAACCCUUAGAAUAUAUAGGAGGUAACGUAGAUGAGCAUGCAGGGAUAUCUAGGAAAUGAAAGUUUUUAAACAUGCAAUGAUGAGAAAUAUUGCAGGCCUGCAGUUAUGAUAUAGACAAGACAUUCAAUUGUGAGUUAACCUCUGAGUACUGAAAACUGAAAAGCCAAGUAUGCUUAUUCUUCAAAACCAGUAUUCUCAAGAGAGAAUUAUGAUUCUGCCAAGAAUAAUUGCCAAGUAUAGGAAAAACCUUGAGAUGACCGCCCAAUAUUAAUAGAGCUCUUGGACUUAGUAAUUUAAUCACUCCAAUUAAUAACUUAAAUAAUCCUUUUAAUGGGAUACUAGGAAUCAAAACACAUCUUUUAAUGGAAAAGCAACAGCUAAUUAACUUCUACAAGAAACCCCAGGAUGAUUAAAGAUUAAGAUUCCUAUUAGACCUAUCAACCAUUUCAUUAUGAAGAGAAGAUUCAUCUCAUAGUAGAAUUCACGAGAAGAUAAAAAAUAAAGUUCUUGAAGAUAUUAUCUCGCACAAUCAAAUCCCUACACUAGGUAGGAUCUCAAACACUCAAAAGAUACUUAGAAUGACCCUUCUUCUAAGUAUACUGGUUUUGAAGACGAUAAGGCUUAGCCUAAUUGGUUGGAAUUGAUUUACUAGUUAAGCAAAAUUUACAACCUCUUCCUCUACGUGGUUAAAACAUGUCGGUAACUUUUUUAAAACAAAUUAUGUGGGAAAAUGAGAAUCAUUUAGGUAGCCCCUUAUCAAUUGGUGGUAUGUAGGUAAAACAAGCUAUUCUCACCGGCUGAUUUUUGCUUCCGAAGAUACAACUGGUCUUACAGAGAAGAACACGCUUAGGCGGGAAAGAAAGCAAUUUCUAUUUCGGAAAUUCCUAAACUCGUCCGAUAACAUCAACCGUGAUUCCCAAGUUUCUUCUCCGAACCCUAAAACACUUGUAUUUAUUCCUACUUCACUACGGAGUCUCUCUGAGUUUCCUAAUUACUACUUCUAAUCUUCAUAUAAAACCAAACUCCAUCGCCUGAAUUUCACAACACAAAAAAGCCCUAAACAACUUCUCUGUUUUUUCUUCAUCUAUACUCUGUUCUUUCUUUUUGUUCUUGUUCUCAAGAACCCCCAAAUCAACAGCGAUGUCGUUGGAUCCUGAUGAAUACGCUGAUCUCUGUGCUGAUACUCGACAAGAUCCUGAUUUCGAAACUAGAAGGCUUAGAGUUGAAUCACCUACUGCAAAAGCGAAGCGUAUUGAAUCAUUGAGAGCUAGAUGUGCUGGUCUCAUCCAUAAAUCGGAGGUUUAUCUCCAUCUAACUGAUGAGAAAUCUCAGUCCCUUAAGAUGCGACAAGCCAAAUUGAAAAGACAAAGAGACAGGGCAGCAACAAGAUUGGCAUUAGAAAAAUUGGAAAAGUCUAUUCAGGUCUAUGACCCCCUUGCUGCCAUGAGGGAAUAUGAGAUGCUCAUAUCUUGUAAUGCGCCAUAUAGAAAACUUGAUUGGCAUCAGUUUCUGCAAAGUAGUGGUAUCUCUAUCAAAUAAACAUGAGUUUGAUUUAUGUAGUCCGUUUAUUGGUUUUCGAACUCUUCUUUUUUGCUUUUCAAUUUUAGUGUAGAAGUGAAGGAGAGUAUGUGGAUGAUGUAAUUAUAAGGAAAUGAGGAUUAGAGUCUGUGUAUAUUGGGCA